UUAGAAAUUGCAGCAGUGUCUACGUAUGUCCAGUUCGCUCAGAAUUGUGUAUAUCUGUCUAUUAACGGAAAUUGGGAUUUUUAUGAGGAGGUGAGAAAGUAGAGUAGGGAAAACAAAGAAGUGUAUUUUUGUGUUGGGAGAUGGAGGGCCCCUAGUAAUAAUAUUACUGAUACAGUUGGUUGGUGGUGAUACAGCAGAAGAAACACUAGAAGGUCUAAGUCCAUUGCAACCUUCUCAUUUGUUCAUAUAAUUUUGUUGGGCAUCAAGGAUAGGGGAGCGAGUGAAGGCCUGUUUUGUUUGGUGAAGAAGUUUGGCACAAGGAGGGAUUUGUAAGAUUUGAGGAUAAAACUCUUAGAGGAAAGUCUAUACAGCAACAGUACCAAAGAGAUUCUCAUUCUCACGCUUAUAUUGAUCAGAUUGGUAUCAGUUCAGUAGCUGAUAUUCUGACCUUGUAAAGAGAUAAGAGAUAAAAAGAGGGGCGUUGAGAACAUUUUCAUGUCUUCUGCUGGUGUCCAUAUAGAGGAGGGCCUAGGUAAGGUCUCUCCAUCAGCUUCAACUACUGAAUCAGAUACAAAUAGUCAAGAUAGCUCCUCUGGGGGACUGAAAGAGCACGAUUAUAUUGGACUGUCAGAGGUUUCAUCGUCCAUGGAGAGCUCCGUAGUGUCUUGCCAAGAUGGGGAAGAGAACAAUCUGAACCUCAAGGAAACCGAGUUGAGACUAGGUCUCCCUGGUUCCCUCUCCCCUCCCAGGGACUCUUCCACUGAGCUUUCUCUGUUGGGGUCUCUGCAAAUGAGGACUGAAGCUGUGGAGGAGAAGAAACUGUUCCCCAUUGAGAAGCAGCAGCAUUCUACAAAGGAGGGUAACCCAGAAGAGAAGAAUGGCCAGGACAAGUACAGUAUGCAGUCCUCUGGAGCAACGAGGAACAUGAUAAGUCCUACAACGAAAAAUAUUGUUACUGGUGCCAAGAGAGGUUUCUCAGAAGCAAUGGAGCCUAGGAACUGUUUUUCUGAUGCUAGAAACAAUGGCGGGUUCGCAGUGGAGGGCAAGUGGAUGUUCCCCUCAGCGGUUGGAGGAGGAGUUGUGCCUGGAUCUGAGGUUGAACUACCAAAGGCAAAUCCACAGGGAAAGUUUUUGCCACAAAUGGUUUCUACUCCUGGAACUCCUAAAGGCCCCACAUCAUGGCAUACAGGGGGCCUGGAUCACUCAGGGAGCCCAUUCGUGUCUUCCAGGCCUCCUGCCGGAGCUAACAUUAAUGGAAAAUCUGUCAAGGAUGGGGCUGCUUCAAUUGGUGUUAAAGAUGUAGCACAGCCAAAGAUGCCUCAAGAGAGGCCUCGUACUGAACCUCAGCAUGGAUCGAAUAAGAAUCAGAUGUCUUCUGCAAAUGACCCAGGAAUGGCUCCUGCUGCCAAGGCUCAAGUUGUAGGUUGGCCACCAAUUCGAUCUUUCAGGAAGAAUACUCUGGCUGCUAAUCCGAAGACCACUGAUGAAAGUGAAGGAAAGGCUGGAUCAAGUGUUUUGUAUGUUAAGGUUAGCAUGGAUGGGGCUCCUUAUCUGAGGAAAGUAGAUUUGAAACUGUACAGUUGUUACCUUGAGUUGUCCACUGCAUUGGAGAAGAUGUUCAGUUGCUUCACUAUUGGUCAGUGUGGAUCUCAUGGAGUACCAGGCAGGGAUGGUUUAAGUGAGAGCAAGUUGAUGGAUCUUCUUCAUGGUUCAGAAUAUGUGCUUACAUACGAGGACAAAGAUGGAGAUUGGAUGCUCUGCGGAGAUGUCCCAUGGGAGAUGUUUAUCGAUUCUUGCAAAAGGUUACGCAUCAUGAAGGGAUCAGAAGCAAUUGGCCUAGCUCCUAGGGCCAUGGAGAAAUGCAAAAACAGGAACUAGAUCUUGUGCAUGACCUGCUAUCUGGUUGUUGUGGGGGAUGACUUGGGUUGAGAUUGGAGAUUGGGGAUGCUAUAGGAAAUAUGCUAUGCAUAUGUUUGAAUAUCUGAGACUUAUAUAUAUAUUGGGCAUUAAGGUUUGCCCACCCAAAUGGUCACUGUCAGCUAGAGUGGCUUGGGAAGUUGUACCAUUGAAAGCUACCUUUUGUGAAACUGAACGGAAGACAUGGAUAUUGUGACAUGGAAUGCACAGAUCAAGAAGCAGGUCAUGUUUAGUUCGAAAUUGAAGUUAUCAGGGAGGUUAUAAAAUUAGGGCAGUGUGUCUAUUUUCUUGUUUAGGUAGGAAGUGAAAUGCUUUGUUUGAUAAGACAAUUCUGUAGGGCAGAUUCUGCAUCUGCACAUCUCCAGUGUAUCAUUCUAGUUCCUUCAGGGAGAGGAAUGGUUUCAUUGAAGGUGGAGAUUAUGGGAAUUCCAGUUCACCAUUGAAGGAGCUAUUUCUAUUUUGAUAUCUGGUGUAGGAUUGAAGUGUAUCAUCAUUUUCAACAUGUUAUGAGAGAGAGAUGUAGUAACUCUCAAAAACUCUUUGCAGUUCUGAACUUGACUGCUUAAUUAUUAUAUGUGGUUUGUUGAGAUGAAUUUUAUGUUCAUCCACUGAACGACAUCAGUCACGUUUUGUGGAACUUACUGCUACAUUGCCUUCUAGGCUUGGCUGAACGUUAAAGACCUACUAGUUUAUUUGACUGAGCUAUCAGUUUGAUAGAACUCUAUAUGUAUCUGUAUGCAGUGUGAAGUGUGUCGUUAUAUGUGUGGUAUUGCAUGUAAAGGUUGUAAUGGAUUUAUGUAGUAUAACUGAUGCCAAUCUUCUGAAA